GUCUCCGACUGCCCAAUGCACUCGAGUCGGCAGCGAUCCGAUCCGAUCUGUUCCGAUCCCAGCGGGCAGCUAUAUAAGAUCAUGAGCGGCUGGUCGAGAGCAUCAGUUCAAGCCAAUCAAUUGCGCAGAGCAUUUAGCAACCAAGCCGGAAUAAAUCCCAGACUCAAUAUGAAAUUCUUCUCCGUUGUUACCGUCUUCGUUCUCGGUCUGCUGGCCCUGGCCAACGCUGUUCCUCUGUCGCCCGAUCCCGGAAAUGUGAUCAUCAACGGCGACUGCAAGUACUGCAAUGUGCACGGCGGCAAGUAGAGGGAAGGACGAUCGAUACAUGGCCAUAGCUUACCUCACACCCAAGACACAUUAUUUAAGCUACAAAUCUGUACUAAAGUGAAACAUAGAAUUUAAAAACAAUGCCAAUAAUACAAAAACUAAAGUGAAAACUACAACUUA